UCUUGGCAAAUUUCAGCCGGGGCCCCCGGUCAAAAAACACAUCUUUUUUAUUUUGAAUGCUUAUAUACAGUGUAUUAGUUAAUACAUAUAGAUCAUGUCAUCCGAGCUUGAAGUAUUGAAACAGCGUAUCACUGAACUUGAAGCUGAAAAUGCAGAGCUUAGGAAGGAGAAUACUGAGAUCCGCGAUCUUAGAAUCAAGCUCUCGGUGUCUGAUGCUGAAAUAGCUGAACUUAAGCGUAGGAAUAACGAGUUUAAAAGUGGAACAGAAUCAGACUCUACAAAACGCCUUAACGGCAAAUGAUAAUUCUUUUAACAACAAUUCAUCUAACUUCGCUUCAGCGCCUUCGGCCAAUUUGGUUGCAGAGCCAACGGUAACGCAACAUGAGAAACCGUCAGUGGAUGAGGAAAUGGAUACUCCAUUACCUGAAGAACCGAUACCAGAGGAGUUAACAGAGGUAAUCGUAUCAACUGUUAAUAUAUCUGUUAUGGACCAAUGUGAUCAGAAAUCCUUGGAAGAUAAGGAGACGGAUGCUGGUACUUCUGAUAUCCCUUCGUCAGAAUCAUCCACAAGUUCGCAUCCUAUCCCUAAUAACCCAGUCUUAUCAGAACAAAAUGCUAAAAUAAAAGCACCUGAAAUAGAUAUACAGCUUUUGAUACAAGAAUUGCUUAUAGAACCUUCGGAAGAAGAUUGUGUUAAGGUUGUUAAUGUGGAGGAGAGUGAUCAAUCGCCUGCAAUCGAAUUAGCUCAUCUGGAAUUCUGGAGAAUGGAGUUAUUACGAAUAAAAAAGCCUAUGAACUUGCGAGUGGGCAGAUUUAUGAUGAAAUGCUACAGUAUCUUUCUGGUGUCUCUUGUGUAAACUUGCGCAAAAAAACCCAGCUAACUAAGCC